AUCAUUGGAGAGAGUGUCACUGAGUUCAUCUUACUGAUAUUAUUAAGUAGGUUCAUCAAUCUGAGGCUCUGGCUAUUUGGAAAAAAUCAUGGACACAGCAAAAUUAAUAAAGCUCGGUGGUUCUUCGUUUGUACCUAGCGUUCUGGAAUUGGCCAAACAAUCGCCUGCACAAGUCCCAGCUCGAUACAUACGAAAUGAUCAGGACCUGUUGGUCACUAACCUCUCUGACGUGUCUUUGAUAGAUCAAACAGUACCUGUUAUCGAUCUGCAGAAAUUACUAUCUUCAGAAACCAUCAUUGGUGAACUAGAAUUGGAAAGGCUUCACUCUGCUUGCAAAGAUUGGGGUUUCUUUCAGGUGGUAAACCAUGGAGUUGACAUUUUAUUGGUAGAGAACGUGAAAUCAGAAAUCCAAGGUUUCUUCAACCUUCCAGUGGAUGAAAAAAAAUUCUUUUGGCAGGAAGAAGGAGAUCUUGAUGGAUUUGGAAAAGCAUUUGUUCAUUCUGAAGACGAAAAACUUGAUUGGGGAGAUUAUUUUUUCAUUUUCACUCAACCCCAACAUAUGAGGAAGCUUAGAGUGUUCCCCAAACUCCCUCUACCUCUCAGGGAGACAAUUGAAUCUUAUUCAUUGGAGAUGACUAAACUAGGCUUGACUCUCAUUAAGUUGAUGGAAAACGCUCUACAAAUGGAGACUAGGGUGAUGGCAGACUUCUUUGAAGGCGGGAGACAAACAAUGAGGAUGAACUAUUAUCCUCCUUGUCCUCAACCCGAGCAUGUAAUCGGCCUAACACCACAUUCAGAUGCUGGAGGCUUGACGAUCCUCCUUCAACUCAACCAAGUGGAUGGAUUACAGAUAAGAAAAGAAAAAAUAUGGGUUCCCAUUAAACCUCUACCUAAUGCCUUGGUAGUGAACAUUGGAGAUAUUUUGGAGAUAAUGAGUAAUGGCGUAUACCGUAGCGUGGAGCACCGAGCAACUAUAAACUCAACAAAGGAGAGGCUAUCAGUUGCAACAUUUCUUAGCCCUAAAGAAGAUGCGAAAAUAGGUCCCAUACCUAGCAUGAUCACACCAGAGACACCUGCCUUGUUCAGAACAUCUGGUUAUGAAGAUUAUUUGAAGGAAUACUUUUCACGUAAAUUUAACGGAAAAUUAUCCCUCGACUCCAUGAGGAUAGGAGAAGGUGAUGAAGGCAAUAGUAGUACUGCUACAUGAUUGUUGCCACAGAUGUACGUUCAGGGAAAUACGUUACUAUGAGCAGAAGGAAAAUGGUUAUAUGUCAAGCUUUGUGUGCUAAGAAAGAUAUUCAAUUAUGAAUAGGUGCCGCUCCCGUGGGUAUGAGUAUACCUCAUGUCUAUGAAUGUCUAUGAAUAACUGCUGUUUUAUUGAGUAAGUAUUGUUGGAGUUCCCCUCUGAAAUUUUCGGUGUUGAAUGAAUUAUGAAUAUGUGAUAGAGAGUAGUGACAGUAGGUAUUACGCGACUCCUGAACUAAAGAGUAACUGGAAACUGAUUCUUU